AUGGCACCAACACCCGUCGACGACUCCAAAGGCGGCCAAACUCAUACAAUCUAUGAGAUGGAAUCAACAGCCACCUCUACACUAUCACUGUCAAAGACAAUAGACAGCACCCGACGCAACUCGCGCGAGCCAGCAGAAUUCCACGGCUCGCAAGAUGUUGCGGGUCUUCACAAAGUCCCGACGACGCGAACACGUCGGGACUCGCACAUGGGCGAAGCUCUUGAGAACCUGGCUAGUUCUCUCAGUCACCCGCACCAGCACCAGCAUGAAGGUCCUCACGAGCUGGGCGCAGUGCCCUCACGACGCAGUGAGCGGAGUGCCCGUCGUUCAUUCAGACAUCCUUCUCCAGAACGUAUGUCCGACCUCGCCGAAGAGGCGGGUUCACCGGCCGAGCCCAAAUAUCAGGGAAUCCCACCCGAAAUCGGUAGUUUCACAGCCGAAGUCAUCUUCGUCUUCGUGUGCUCUGCCGGUUUACUUUUAUUUUCGUUCCUUUUGGGAGAUAUCACUGUGAACCAGGAAGAAUUCAAAAAGACCCUCGGAAUCAGUAACAGCGAACUGCCAUGGCUACUAGGCGCCUACUCAACCCCCUCAGUCUCUCCGAUGAUAAUGGUUGGCGCCUUCGCCUGGCUAACAAUCUGGAACGUGGUCGGGGUCUUCGCAACCAGAAAGGCAAUCCUCUUCUACAUCGUCCGAGCAAUGCAGGGCCUCGCAAUCGGAGUCCUCGUCUCCGGCUCUAUGAGUAUCCUCGGCCGGGUAUACAAGCCAGGCCGUCGCAAGAACCAAGUGUUUUCCGCCAUGUCCGCCACCGCGCCGUUCGGAUUUUGGCUAGGUGGUAUACAGGGUGGUGCGCUCAAGUCAUAUCUAUAUUGGGUCUUCGGCUCAAACGCCAUCAUCUCAGGGAUUUGUCUUAUCGCAGCAUACACAACCAUCCCCCCGCUCCGACCAGUCGCAGAUAUAGCCGGAACAGAUGCACCAACAAUUCGUGACUUCGACUACAUCGGCGCAAGCUUCGCAGUCAUCGGCUCCAUCUGCGUUCUCUUCGGCCUAACCCAGGGUCCCGUCGUCGAGUGGAGCCCAUACACUUACAUCCUCGUGAUAGUCGGCAUCCUCCUUCUCGUCGCCUUCUUCUUCGUCGAACGCUGGGUCCCACGUCCUCUAAUACCCAACCGACUCUGGCGAACAAAAGGCUUCACCCCGUUAAUGGUAGCCUACUUCUUAGGCUACGGCGCCUUUUCCGGGGCAUGGCAAUUCUUCGCCGUGCAAUUCUGGCUCCGCAUCCAACAGCACGAACCCAUUACCGUCGCCCUCUACCUCCUCCCCAACGCCAUAGUCGGCGUCCUGGCCACUUGGGUCGUCAGCAAAACCCUGCACAUCAUCCCGGGGCACUACAUCUACCUAACAGCAAUGAUCGCCUUCGCCCUGGGACCGGUAUUUUUCCUCCCUCAAACAUCAGGAACAAUAUACUGGGCGCUAUCAUUCCCAGGUAUCGCGCUCGUCACCUUUGGACCAGACUUAUCUUUCGCAGCGGCCUCGAUUUACAUCACUAGUAAUGUGCGCCGCUCGUACCAAGGUAGUGCGGGGAGUUUGUUGGUGACGAUGCAGAACUUAAGCUCGGCGGUUAUGACGGCUGUGGCGGAUGCGAUUGGGACGAGGGUCGAUAAGGGGCCUGAUGGGGAUAUUGGGUUGGAAGGAUUGAGAGCUAUUUGGUGGUUUGCCCUUGCCUGUGAAAUUGUUGCUGCCGGGAUUACAUUGCUUUGGGUACGGAUUCCCAAGGAGGAGGAGAAGGAGCAUGUUACUUGA